AUGAGUGUCCAUUGGUUUUUAUUACGCCUUGUCCCCCUCCCACUGGCCGGCUUCGCCCUGCCCAUGUUUUCUCUGUCUCAGUCCGUCCAUCUCCUGACGUUCAAGUUCGCAGGAACGUCACGUCCGCACUUGAACUUGCAGCUCAGGGGGGUAUCGCCGUACCCCCAUCACUCUCUCUUUGCAAAAAAGUCAUGAAGAGGUCCGCACAGCAGCCCGUAGCGCGCGACGCCUCACCCUCUGUGUGAUCUGCAGUUCAUCUUUUCUUUUUCUUUUCGUUUUUCCCCUCCUAUUUGGAUGUCAGACGCAUCAAUGAAGAUAUUUCAUUUGGAGUCUACCUUUGUAGGGACGGAUUUCCCAAUGUGAACUCUGCUGAACAGCCGCCACUAAAGCAACAUGUCUCGCCGAAAGCAAGGCAAACCCCAGCACUUGAGCAAACGGGAGUUUUCGCCUGAGCCACUGUCAGGUGUUUUACCAGAGGAAGACUCUCAGAGCUCCCCCAGGCUGGGUUUGUCUCAGGGUGAGCCCCUUAAAGGGGACCAGGACCUGCUGACCUGCGGCCAGUGCCACUCCCGCUUCCCCCUGGCUGACAUCCUGCUGUUCAUCGAACACAAACGGAGGCAGUGCCACGGGAGCCUCUGUAUGGACAAACCUCUGGACAGGCCUCCGUCCUCCCCGCUCGCCUCGCCCCUCUCCAUGUCCUCCUCGCACUCGCGGACCCACCAUCAGCACCCACGGAGGGCGCGUCCCCCGGUGGGGGUGGCAUCGCCCCGGGAUGAGGAUUGUUUAUCUGCACCCUUGCAAGGAAUAAUCCCAAAGCAGGAGAAUAUCACAGAUAAAGAUGAGCCCAGCAGCUACACCUGCACCAGCUGUAAGCAGCCCUUCAACAGUGCCUGGUUCCUGCUCCAGCAUGCCCAGAACACCCACGGCUUCCGCAUCUAUCUUGAGAGCGAACCUGGCAGCCCCCUCACUCCCCGUGUGGCUGCAGCUCCUGGGAUGGGGGGUGACUGCGCCUCCUCCCAGCCUCCCCACCAUGCCGUCCACUUGGCAGAAGGCAGUCCCUACAGCCUCCUGAGGAUGCCGGGCUCUGGCUCUGGCCGGGAAAUGGCGUCCACACCUCGCGAGGGCCGUUACCCCAGAACCCCUCCACUCUUCAGUCCUCCGCCACGCCACCACCUCAGCCCUGAUGACCUGGCGCUGGCAACCCACCACCCUAGCGCCUUUGACAGGGUGAUGAGGCUCAACUCAGUGCCACAAGAAACCCCCCCGAUGGACUUCUCUAGACGUCUACGUGAGCUUGCUGGGAACGCCAACGGGGCUUCUCCGCCUCUUUCCCCUAACAGGCCCAGCCCUAUGCAACGGCUUCGGCAGCCAUUCCAGCCAGGUUCAAAACCUCCAUUUUCAGCAACGCCUCCCCUUUCAACCUCUCAGUCCCCUUCUGGCUCACGCUCAACCCCCAAUCCCGUAUCCAAUGCAGCCCAACCAGGCACACCUCUCAAGGCCAAAUCUUGUGAGUUCUGCGGGAAGACCUUCAAGUUCCAGAGCAACCUUAUAGUCCACCGACGAAGCCACACGGGGGAAAAGCCAUUCAAGUGUCACCUCUGUAACCACGCCUGCACCCAGGCCAGCAAACUGAAACGACACAUGAAGACGCACUGUCAGAGCAAGUCUUCGGCACUCAAUGCUAAAUCAGAAGACGGCCUCUCGACCGCGAGCUCCCCAGAACCUGGCACCAGCGAUCUGAUCGGAAGCGCCACCGAUGCUCUCAAGUCAGUUGUGGCCAAGUUCAAGAGUGAGAGCAAUGGCCUCAUGACUGAAAAUGGUGAAGAAGAGGAGGAAGAGGAGGAGGAAGAGGAGGAAGAAGAGGAGGAGGAAGAAGAGGAGGAAGAGGAGGAAGAAGAAGAGGAGGAAGGGGAAGAGGAGGAAAUGGAGAUUAAGCCUGGAGUCGAAAAAGAAGACGGAAGGAAUGACUAUCGUUUCAGUCUGCGGCUAGAAGGGGCCCGCCACCACCAGAACAGUGACGCGCUGCACCCACACCACCGGAGCUUGUCCCGGGAGCCCGCUGAUGAGGACUCGGCCCUGGAGGCAGAUGUUGGAACCACCACCAUCAAUGGUCUUGGCCCUCUAUCCUCUGAGAGCCUGUCCAGAAAAUUGCUGAGUGGUAGGGUCAGUCCAGGUUCCCUCAGUCCCCUGUCCAAGCGUAUCAAGGUGGAAAAGGACAUUGACCCACCAACGCCGACUAUCCCAAACACGGAGAACGUCUACUCGCAGUGGCUUGCUGGCUAUGCUGCCUCACGACAACUCAAGGACCCAUUCAUCAACUUCACUGGCGGGGACUCCAGACAAUCGCCAUUCGCCUCUUCAUCAGAGCACUCGUCAGAAAACGGCAGCUUGCGCUUCUCCACUCCGCCGGGUGAGCUGGAUGGUGAGCGGUCUGUUUCGGUACGCAGCGGCACUGGCAGCGGGGCCAGCACUCCCCACGGCGGUAGUGGGAAUUGCAGGCCGAGCUCUAAGGACAGCCGCCGCAGUGACACCUGCGAGUACUGCGGCAAGGUGUUCAAGAACUGCAGCAAUUUGACAGUGCAUCGACGCAGUCACACUGGAGAGCGGCCAUACAAGUGUGAUCUUUGCAGCUAUGCGUGCGCCCAGAGCUCUAAGCUCACCCGCCACAUGAAGACCCAUGGACAGAUGGGCAAGGAUGUGUACAAAUGUGAAAUCUGCCACAUGCCUUUCAGUGUAUACAGCACUCUGGAGAAACACAUGAAGAAGUGGCACAGCGACCGCCCUCUGUCUAAUGACAUUAAGACUGAGUAGGCAAAGGGCAGCAUGCUGGCAGCUUUCUCUCAGCUCCCCUGGCUAAAAAAGCGACCCUGGCUAACUGGCCAAUAAGUGAGGGGAAAGGACAUCAGGGUUAGACAGCAGUACACGGUACAGCCCUGUUUUUACCCCGACUGGAAAACGCUGAAUGCAUGAUCCAUCAUUUGGGGCAAUACUAUUGCAUCAAACGCAAAACUUUUUGAGCCUUUCUAUUGUGCAAUAAUUUACACGUUUUGUAUUUUUUGUAACUGGACAGCAUGCUCUGUGUGUUUUGGCUACUUAGAGAGAAAAUUGUCCUCGGCUGGUGGGUUUGGUUGUACAUGUUUUGCGGUUGAUAUUUUUGAUUUAUUCAAGGUAAAAAAAAAGUUAGUUAUGAGAACCCAUGCUGCGUACAGUACAUACUGUUUUACAUAUCAUGUACAGUUUUGUGUUCUUACAUAGUGGACAGUGUCAUAUUAUCAAAACAUCACGACAAGCAGGGUCACACUUAAAACGGAUCUUUCUGAAAGAUUUUCCAUGCAAGAUUGAGAUAAGAGAUAUAUAUAAAUAUAUAUGAAAUUUGGGCUGCCUAUCAAAUGCUAGGCAUGAGCGCCGUUAAAUACUUCUUUGAAAAACAGCAAUGAAAUUAACAAUAUGGUGUGAAACAAAGAGUGCCUUGGAUAUUUUACCUGCAUUAGUUAAUCCUCCUUUUUGCUAUAAGCUCGGAGUUUCAGCUAUAGAAGAUUACAGGACAUUUUUGUGCACAUGUGGAAUAAGCAGGUCCUUGCAUCAAGCACCUGCACAACCCUGUCAUCUUGUGACUUUGCAGAGCAUAAGGAACCAGCUGAAACAAAAAACGUUAAAAAAAACAAAAAAACAUUUUGUGUACCUCUGGUAAAUCAUUUAUCUGCCUGACUCAUGUAUAUUGUUAUUCUCCAGAUUAUGAUUCUGUUUACUGGCAUGUUACAUGCUAAAAAGGAGUAGGUGUGUAGAGUUUUGGUUUAGGUGUUUUAUGUUUUCCGGUACAGGUGUACCAUACUGAGAGGGUAGUCUGACGAGUUGUUUUAACCAACGUAAAGCUCUUAAUUUUCCAGAGUGUUUAUUUUCUUUGAAAAUUAAAAGUUUGCAGGGUUUUCUUUUGUAAGUAGCACAGACUUAUGUUUCUUCGGUGUCAGCCAGGCAGCAGUGUAGCCAGCAGCCACUGUGGAGACCACAAAGUGGGUUUUAGUUGUACGAAGCCAGACAGAUUUGGGGUUCGGGUUUGGGUGGGUGUCAUAGGGUAAGGGUAGUGGGAUGGGUGAGUGGUUUGACCAGUUGUCUCUACAAUUCAAAUGUGUAUGUCCUUAUAGCGCUUAUCCUCUUUACUGCGUUAGAUCUUUGAAACGUUUUUUAAAAUUUUAUUUGGAAACGAUCUUAAAUGGAAGUUCAAUCUAAAGUCAAAAAUCAGAAUUUAGUAAAAGACAAAACAACAAACUAUCCCUUCCACACACAUUUUUAAGAGUCAAAUUUCCACGUUUUGUGUUCUUUUCAGUUAAAAUUAUCUAAACGUCAUUGUGGUAGUAUUUGUUUUAUUUCCAUCACUUUUCAUUGUUCAUGAUAUAGCACUUGUCACUCUGCCUUGGAUUCUGUAUCUGUCUCUCUAAUCGGGGGUACAGUCGGUUGAGUAUAAAACGAGGACCAGAUUUCAGAUCUGGGACUACCUACGUGCACUGUUCAAUUUUCCCAGUUUACAGUUGGACGCUCAAGGGAAAACUUGCUCUUAUGCUAACAGAUUAGUGUGGUGUCAUUGCUUUGCAUUAAAAAUAGAAAAAAGACAAAAAAAGAGUUGAACUAGAAACUGUUGCCAGCCAUGUCUCCUCCCCAGAACUGAACAUCAGUUUGGCUCUCGAGGGGUAUCAAUGCAGGAACCGCCAUAGAAAUAUCCUGCUUCAUACCAUUAAUAUGAUACUGCUCAGUACAGAAAGAUAAAAAUUCUACAAAUUUGAUUUUAAAAGAUAAGUAAAUUGUGUUGUUGAGUUUUUUUAAAUAACACUUCAAUAUCUUUAGGGGAGAAACCUUAUUUAAAUUUUGUUUAAUUUUAUUUUUUUGGUUGUUGUUUCUCUUUUCUGUCUCGGUGACAUCCGAGACUUGAUCACUAUGUAAUGAAUUGUAAUGUCUCUCAUCUUUUUUGCCUUUACUAUACACUUCAGGUUGAACAAAAAUUUGCAUUGGGGAGAGAUUUAUGAUAUAUAAAUAUAUAGAGAGAACUUAAAACACAUAGGAAAAUGCACACUCAUGUAAGUUCCUAUGUUCAAAACACAUUUAUGGUCUACUUUUUUCCUGUAUUUAGAAUGGUAUUUGAAAUUAAUGUUCACUUAGCGUAGGCACUUAUAGUAUUUAUGUUGGAGCCUGUAUUUUUAACUGUUUUGCCUGUACUCUUUAAAGGUUUCAAUGUACCCUUUUUUUUCUGUAGUGAAAAAAAUCCCAACAAGCUGCCACCGUAUAUUUUCUUAAUUUGGCAGGAUAAUAUAGUGUGAAUAAUUUGUUUGCUUGAAAAUAAGUAUGUUUUUGAAAAAUAAAAUGUUGUGGAGUUCCCCAAGGGUGAGAGGUCAUGUAAUGGCCUUUUCAGGCAGUCCCGCUGGAGUGACCACAAUGAGGUAAAAACAGGUGGUUGUACAUAUCUUUUUAGUUUGUUUUAUAUAUUUUUCUCUCCUGCCAUUUUAUAUGCAGUAAUUCAAGCUAUUGUUGGGUUUUCUUGGUAGCCAACUUUUUACUGUCCUUUAAACAUGUACCACCUGAUAACAUUCCAGCCGUUUUUUGAAAAAGACCUUUUGUCAUAUGCAAUCAAUCCAACAUCAAUCUAUAAAGCAUUUUUGUUUUUUUGCUACAGUUCUUUUUGUCAUUUUGAAAUUGUUUUUCAUUGCCAAAAGAACCAUGGUGCUUUAUAAUUUAAAUAUGGUACAUCUCAUAUGCAAGGCAUAUUCUAAAUAAAUCAUAGAAAGAAAAAAAAGUUUGGUACAUGUUAUCAUUGCUGAUGGUAUUGAGGUACAUUUGUGUUUUCAGCCUGAUUUCAUCCUGUGUUCUGUAUUUACUCACAAGCUAUUUGCUCUGAACUGAACUUGAAGUUGACCUUUGACAUUGGUCGACAUUAUUUAUUAUGACUAUACCACACGUUGCUCUGUUCAGAACAGAGUCACUGCAAAACAAAUCAGUUCCUUUUUCUCCCUCCUGAUGGAAUUAUGAUGGUUUAAUUUCUGUCUGAUGACCAAAGGUCAUUGACCAACAUUCAUGAGUUCUUGCUCGACUUGCAGAUUUAGUUAUUUUUUUCAGUUACGGAGAUGCCACUCUAUUUUAAGGCUAUUGUCUGCAUUAUUCUCUUCACUCAGCCAUUUUGUCUUGAAAAAAAUAAAAAGUAUUACAUACAUAUCUGAA